AUGAAGCGAUAUUUGUUAGACUUAAGUGAACUGUUUACAGACCAUAGACAAAAAGCUUACAUCGGUUAUCGUGCUGCGUGGACCACGGUGGAAUGCGUGAUACGCACUAUACGAAACACAUUCAACAUACAGUCGGGCAUCUACAUCUGCAGCGAGGAUGGAAUAUUCUAUCCUGCCAAUGAAAGUGUAGAGCUAAUAUGCGAAGAAAAGUCAAUCAAGGUACUGCCAUCGGAGAAGGUACGGAAAGAAAAGAUAAUAUCAGACGACGAACCUCCGAACUGGCGCAUUGCAAAAACUAAGCAAGAAAGUAACACCUACGAAGACAUCGAAUCAGUCCUUUCGAGUCUUCCAACACCGAAGCGCCAUCGUGUGCGAAAGCGUAAAGUAAAACAAGUUGCAAGGGAAGAGUCACCACCACGCAUGAAACAAAGAGUACAGCAAACUGCAACCGUUACUCGGCAGAACGGCCACAUUCGGUUUCCCCUUGAAGAGUCGCAUUCGAGUGACGGCAGUAAAGUAACGUACGAACCGGAACGUCCGUACAGGAACCUGAACCGUGAAAUGAAGGCAAGAGUUGUACGGGCUGUAUCCCCAUCGGCGCUUAUCAAACAGCGAUCUGAACCACCAACAGCAAUGGUCACGAAUGAAGCUGCUGACACACGUGAACCGAUCAAAUGCAUUUCAAAACCUAAUAUAAAACCAAAAGUUGUUCGAGCGAUACCGUGUACCGUUGAAGUAAAACAGGAACAACUUAACGCUAGCGCUAUGGAAACAAAUGUUGCGAUGGGCCAGGAAACGUUGCAACAAUCGUAUCAACCGCAAACAGUAGAAGACUCCAAUGUAAUCGCAAUCGACUCUCCAACACCUGUUAACGGUCAAGAGGCCACUCAUGACACCGCUGUACCGGCAGUGUGA